AUGAGCUUCACCGGGCUUGCUCCGCCACCGUUUUUUCUUCCGACGCUCGGCCGUCCGUCAUUGUCACGGGAGCAGUGGGAGCAGAUGUUCAACGUGUACUUGCUGGCAUCCGGAGCCGCCGCAUUCAAGCCGCAGCAACGCAAGGCUAUUCUUUUGCAUUGCUUGGGGGCGGAGGGCCAGCGUAUUUAUCAGACGCUACAUGCAGGGACCAGCGCCGCAGCACCGGCAGCGCCAAGUGCCACAGCACUCGCUGAUGACAAGUCUGUCGUGGCCCCUCCUGACGAAUACGACUUUGCACUCGCCGUAUUACGGCACCAGUUUUCGACGUCGCGCAACGUUAUCAUCGAGCGUCAUCGCUUUCACCGCCGCAGCCAACACACAGGCGAGUCCGUUCAUGACUUUGUUGCCGCUCUACGGGAGAUAGCAUCACAUUGUUCGUUUGCCUCGCAAGAUGAUGCCCUGCGAGACCAAUUCGUUGCCGGCGUAGCUUCCACUCGCGUACGUGAGCGGUUACUGCUCGAGGGUUCCGCACUUUCGUUCGAGAAUUCUGUUCGAAUAGCACUUCAGUUUGAGCAGGCGGCUGAAGAGCUAAAGGAGCUUUCUGCUUCAGUCGAAGCAAUUUCGUUGCGGAUGCGUCGAAAACCAUCGUCGCAUUCUUCGAAAAAAAGGAAUUCGCAACCGGCAGCCACCUUAGAGCAGAAUUUAACGAGUAGCGCGGGUGGCUCACCACCUACCUCGGAGGCAGAGAUUGCUAAGCAGGAAGGAAUUGUCUUGUUCAUUGAGCCAGCCUGCGUGACAAAGGAGGAGCUCAGGCAGGCCGCCCUCGACGACAGCUGCCUGGAAACCUUCAAGUCAUUCGUGCUGAAUUCCUGGCCGCCAAAGAAGUCCAUACCAGAAGAGGCGAAACCAUUCUACGCCAUUCGGGAAAAUCUUUCUGUUGUCGAUAACCUGCUUCUGCGUGGAGAGCGCCUCGUCGGUCCGUGCUCCCUCACGGCUCAGAUCAUCGGCACCGCGCACGAGACACAUCGGAGUAUCACGCGCACGAAGGCGCGACUGCGUGAGCGGUUCUGGUGGCCACGAAUGGAUAAGCAUGUGGAAACGGCAUUAAAAAGUGAUAUAUCUGCCUGGAGGCAGAUAGGUCCGCCAAAACAUCACCAGCACAAUUGCAACCUCUUGAAUGGCCUGAGCGACCAUGGCAAAAGCUUGGCCUAG